AAUUGGCCGUCUUUCUCCGGCCAUAUAAUUCCAUUAAUCAUCUCUUCCAAAUUUCUCUCUUCUUCUUCUUCUUCUUUUCUUCAUCUGUUUACAUUUCCGCCAUGGGUUUCCCUGCAACUUACACUGAGCUUCUUCUCCCUAAGCUCUUCAUCCAUUUACUCUCCUUCCUCGGCUUUCUCCGUAAGCUUAUCUCCUUCAUCUUCCGUCUCUUUGGCCUCCAAGAUUUCCUCGAACCCGACAUUCCUUGGCCCAAUCCCCCCGAUUCCUUUCCCACUUCUCCCUUCACCCAUCUCGAUCCUCUCUCCGCUGCCCUUCUCCGUGAGAUUCUCCCCGUCGUCAAGUUUUCCGACCUUCUCGACCCACCUGACUGCUGCGCUGUUUGUCUCUACGAGUUCGAGUCCGACGAUGAGAUCCGCCGUCUCGCUAACUGCCGUCACAUCUUCCACCGUGGAUGCCUCGAUCGAUGGAUCGGUUACGGUCAGAGAACCUGCCCGCUGUGCAGAACUGUGUUUAUUCCUCCUGAUUUGAGAAGUGGUGGUGGUUGUAAUUUUGAUGAUAGACUUUGGGAAGAUUCCGAAAUCUUUGAACCUCUUCACUCCGAUUCUUCUUCUUCAAAUCUUCUCUCAACCGAUGGUUUGUAGCUUUUGAAGAUUUGGUUGAUUUUUUUUUUUUUUUUUUUUUUUUUGUGGAUUUUGCUGCUCUGCUUCUUCCCAUCAAUCGAUAUCGGAAAAUAGAAAUAAAUAAAUAAAAAAAAAAAAAAAACAAGAAGAGAUGGUAGAGAUGGAGAUGGUUGAGUUUAAUGGGUGAGGGAAUAUGUUUGUUGUUCUUCUCUGUAUAUACCAAAAAAAAAAAAGUUUCUAAAAGGAACUGGAAAAUCAAAAUCAAAAUCAAUUACAGGUCUCAGAAUUAGUUCAUCAUCUUCU